UUCUUUUUCUUCGUUUCCGCGAGGUAGAAGGUAGAAGUUCCCCGUGAAGAUUUCAAGAUGGUGAACGUACCUAAGCAACGUCGCACUUUCUGCAAGAAAUGCAAGGUCCACAAGCUGCACAAGGUGACGCAGUACAAGAAGUCCAAGGAGCGCAAGGGUGCUCAGGGCAGGAGGCGUUACGACAGGAAACAGCAGGGUUUCGGAGGUCAGACUAAGCCCAUCUUCAGGAAGAAGGCCAAGACCACCAAGAAAAUUGUGCUGCGUAUGGAGUGCACCGAGUGCAAGUACCGCAAGCAGACUCCUCUGAAGCGUUGCAAGCACUUCGAGCUGGGCGGUGACAAGAAGCGCAAGGGACAGAUGAUCCAGUUCUAGGCUCCGUCAUCCGUUUCCACCCGCCACUCUUUUUACCUAACGAAGUGUUUUAAGUUGUUUUGCAGACCGUCGUCGUACGACGGGAAAUAAAACAAAUGAAAGUGUA